AAAUUGUGAUAUUGGAAAAAAUAGUAUUUAAUUCAGAACAAAAGCAAAAGAAGUAUUUGUACUCAUGGUCUCAAACUUUUAGACCCCACAUGUCGGUGUUUGACACCAUGCUGGAUCUUCUGAAGUGUUAUAUUAAUAUCAGUAUUCUAAAACUGACGUGUCAGUGUUUGAAACCUUGUCAGAUUUAUUCAUUUAUUUAGUUACGUGUUGGAACACAAAGAUUCCGUCCUCACCUGAAGUUUGCGUUGAGCAUCAAAUCAUGUGGGCUGACAUUAAUCAUCAGGACUUGUUAAUGCAUUUAUAUAUUUGUAUUAGGGGAUAAAUAAUAUUACAAACAGAUGCAAAGUUCGUGGCGUCCUUACAUCACAGAGUAUCUGCAUAUUAUAUAUUUCUUAUUUUUUGCCUGACAUAUGUCACCACACCACUGACAGAGUGGAGUUAUAUAAGAAUACAGAAUAUUCAUUUUACUUUGAUUUGUGCUGAGACCUAACACAUCCAGCAGAGGGCGCCAUUUCACCGCUCACAGCCCACCAGAAACGUGUCAGACCCAGUGUGACUUAAAAUACCAGUGCCACCCUGUUGUUCAGCCAGCUGGACCCACGUCGAUCCAGAUGACACACCAGAUAAUGAGGCUCUGAUCCAGAGACCCUCUGGGACUCAGUGGCCUCUGCUGGGACAGAAAACAAGGUCCUUCCUCCUCAAUUGUGUUGUUAUUGACCGGCGGAGGGAAAGAAGCGGGUCGAUAAGUGGAUCAGAUUUAUUAGCGGUCCCGAUUGGCUGCAGCUCGCCAGAUGUCAGAGCAGCCACAGUGUGCGGGACCGACGGCACACCGCGCAUUUCACCUGGGUUAGAGGAGCCAGACGGCGUGAUCUCCUGUGGAAGGUAAGAAGGAUCCUGUGAUCCCGCUGAGAUCACGUCCCGUCCAUUAACGCCCUGCAUCAUUAGGAUGUUACAGCAUGCUGCACGUCUAAUCAGAAUCAGCGGGGACGAGCUGGACGUGGACUGAAGCAGCUGCAGCACAUUUUCUGCAGAACACACGUGCGUCAACACGGGAUCAUCAUUUGUGUGAGACUCGUCACAUCUUCUGGUGCAUGUGGCCACACUGGAGGAUGUCUGUGUGAGGGGAACCGUGGCAGCCUUACUGUUGUUGACUUCUGUUAUAAAGUAGGGUCAGAAGUCAUGAUAAACCUGAGUGGCAGGUCUGAUCCUGGCACGUGUGUGUGUGUGUGUGGGAGGUGUUGGUGGACGUACAGCGGUGCUGCAGCUGCUGCAGUGUUGAGCUGCAACAAGUUUAUUAUGCUGUGAGAAGAGAGAGAUCAGAUGGUGACACCAUCCAGAGAGAAGACAGUAAAGCAGAGCAGCACCAGCAGGAUGGACCUGGUCAAGAUUGCAGUGUCUUUCCACAUUCUUCUGUGUCCCGCGUGGGUCCAGUCCCGUCACACCUCCAUGGACAGCUUCCUCUCAGGGCGCUCAGCUUUCAGGUUGCUGGAUGAGCCGUUGAGCUUUGAACCCUGCUGCCUCAUGUCGCCUCCUCCGCCGCCGCUCUUCCCUCCGCCGCCUAAGCUGUGGAAGAGAGGCAGCCCUGAUGAAAUGAGCCUCUUGGAGCCAAGUGUCUUUGGAGGAGGAGAACAGGAAGUAAGGAAACCUGUGAUACCUGGGUGUUCACCUGGACCACCAGGACCUUCAGGGCCCCAGGGCCCGCAGGGUCCUGGUGGAUUACCUGGCAUAAGAGGACCAAAAGGGGAGAAGGGAGAAAUUGGACGUCCAGGGUCAAAGGGUCGGACAGGAGCUCCAGGCCUCCCAGGGAAACAAGGAGCACCAGGAUGGCCCGGUCCAGAGGGACCCAUGGGUGAGAAGGGGGAUCCAGGGCUCAUGGGCUUACCAGGACUGAGGGGACCACCCGGGACAAAGGGUUUGCCGGGUUACAAAGGAGAGAAAGGCACUCGUGGUGACCCCGGAGCAGCAGGACCAAAAGGCGAUAAGGGUUCCAUCGGUUUGCCUGGGAUGCUUGGGCAGAAGGGUGAGCAGGGACCGAAGGGAGAGCAAGGAGUCUCGGGGAAGAGGGGACCGACUGGACGGCCUGGGAAGAGAGGCAAACAGGGCAUGAAGGGCCACGCUGGAGCACCAGGAGUCAUGGGCCCCCCAGGACCCCAAGGUCCUAACGGCCACCCCGGACCACCUGGACCACCUGCCUCAGGUCUGUACCUUGUAGGAGAAAAGGGAGAGAAGGGUCUCCCAGGUCCACCGGGCCGCUGCGACUGUGACUCCACUCUGGGAACCAACAGUGCUCCGUACGGGAGCUACACACAGCGGGGCGGCUCCGACAAAGUCCCUGCAAUCUUUGUGGUGAACAGUGAGGAGGAGAUGGAGGGUCUACAUCUGGACAACGCGGUGGCAUUCAGGAAGGAUCAGAGGGCGCUCUACUUCAGAGACAAGGACGGGUGGAAGCCCAUACAGCCCUUCCAGCCCUUCCAGUCCACAGAGAAAGUCCCAGAUAGGGUCGGUGUGUGCGGGGACGGAAAGGUCCAGGCCCAGCACGGAGAGGAGUGUGACGAUGGAAACCAGAUUGUCACCGACGCUUGUCUCAACUGUAAGUGGGCCUACUGUGGAGACGGCUACCGACAUGAGGGCAUGGAGGAGUGUGAUGGAAAGGACUUCGGUUAUCAGACCUGCAAAUCCUAUCUUCCUGGGUCCUUCGGGCAGCUCAGGUGCACCGACUCUUGCCUCAUUGAUUCCACUGGUUGCAAGUAUUUCACCUGAACUGGAAAGUGAAGAAAAAAAAAAACUGACCAGGAUGCAACUUUGCAACUUUUCCUCCUUCUGAUCACUGGGAUCACACUUCAGAUUUCUACUGAAGUCUCACCCCUUUAAAACAAACUGAUGGACUGAAGAGAGAGUGCUACAGGGAAGCUCUUGUGCCUGCUCUGAGCCAUGAGGAGUCAUGGGAGUCGGCUCUGAAUGGACGAUCUCUCCUGGGGGUUUGACUGUUUUAUUGGCCUCAGGGAGCAGCUUCCUGUUACUGUCACUCCAUCGGCUGCAGCACUGUUACGAACACUGGCGAUGGCGGAGAACAUGUAAUGAUUGUACCAUAUGAAAUACUGUUAGUUGUGUAUGACUUGCUGACUGUUGAUGCAGAAAUAAGCUAUGUUCUGAACUUUUUGUAAUGACAGAGAAAAAAAAGAGCCUUUUACAAAAGAGGCGAUGACAGUAUUUAAAGUAUUUGUACUGUAUUAUGCAAAUCAGGGUGUUUAAAUGUGUUCGUGCCAUGUAUUGCAAAGAAACAUGUAUUUAUGAAGUGCAAUGCUGUGAUAUUGCAUGUAAAUGUGUGCCAGUGCACAGCAGACCUUUAAUCAGCGCUGUAAAUGUACCAGCCAACA